GAAGGCCACGCCUUCUGGUGGCAAAAGCCCCCACCCCGGCAUCAGCACUGACAUUUGCUGAUUUAAAUCAUCCACAGAGGGAUCAUACGCACACAAAGGAUCAGAAACAACUGAACAGAGAACAUUUCCCCCAGCUCAACAUCUGACUCUUACAGCUCAGGAAUGGACCGAGGAUUCAUCUUGCUGAUUGUGGCUUUUAUGGCCUGCCUGGCCCCAGGUGUCCAAGGAACGGCUCAUCUGUCAUUUGCCAAUAAUACCCAGGUGAACGUCACUCGGGAUGGUUGUGGACUAACUAAGCUGUGCGUGGAGGUACCAGAUGACUGUGACCCUACUGCAGGAAGCCCUUGUCUCUUUGCGUCUUUGGCCGCCAGCACCUCAGUGGCACCCAAUAGUACUGACCUGUCCAUUGGACUCAGAGGAGAUUCAAUGGGAUACAUUGCACUGGGACUCACUGUGAAUCCAACACAGGGCACCACCAUGCUUUUCAUCUGUGCACAAAACAGCUCAAACAAUGGGACAUUCUUCUUCCGGACGAUGCAGAGAAACAACACUGACAAUGCACUCACUCCAAUAGAAAGGAGGGUGACAGAGAUUCGAGGCAUGGUGAACGGUAAUGUCAUCAAGUGUGAGUUCAAUGUCCCAAAUGUGAGCGCCACCAACACCAGGGCAGCCGUUGCUACCACCUUCUUCAUCCUCCUCGGGACUGGAACUUUUAAUGGAAAUAGUCUUGGUCCUUUCAACGUCACCCUGAACAGCGGCGCUCUGGAUCUCACCAAUCCGGCCAGCAACAUUGCCACUACACCAGCACCAGCACCCAGCAACGCCACCACCGUUGUGACCGUGGCCAGCAACACUACAGCAAUGGGAUCGAGUGGAGCAGUUCAGCCUCAUGCUGUGCUGCUCCUGCUGAGUGUCCUCACGCUGUCCAUCAUGCUGAGAGCCUGAAAGUCCCAGAUGAAGCUACAGCCAGUUGGACACAAUGAAGACGGCUUAUGAGCUGAAUUUAAGCACAUGUCAAGAAACUGUGUAAAAGUGUUUUCACUGAACUUAUUUAGACACACUUAAAAUUAUCUUAUUGCACUGUUUGUACCUGAGAUGUACUGAAGCUGAGGCUUCAGCCAAAAAUGAAUGAUGGUCAUAUGUUUGCAAACACCUCUUGUGGUUUUACUGACUAAAUUAUUCUUAAAGUUUCUGUACAAGACUAAAGAGAAGAUUCCAGUUCUGUGCUUGGGUGAACUUGACAACUUAAACCUGCCCAUCUGGUCCCACAAGCAGUUUCUGUAAAUUCACAGGCUUCUGUGGAGCGACUUCAGGCUGUGUCUCCGCUGUGAAUCUGACAGUCAACAAUUAAUGAAGAAGAACUCCAGGCCAGGAUGAUUGCUAAUAUUUUCAUGUGAAUGUACUGUGACUGUAAAAUAUUUGUUUGAAGGGACUGUGAAAAUGGUCCACUUGAUCUAAAAUAACAUUAUGUUUAAACUGUG